AUGAAAAUAUUUAAUAUCGAUAAUGUAAGAGGAGUGGAUUUUUGUAUAUUUGACUUAUCAGAAGAUCUUGAUGAGAUUCGUCAUAAUCGUAGUCAUAAUUUUACGAGCAGUCAUUAUGCUGUUAUAAAUAAUGCAGACCUGAUUAUUCUCCCUGAAGAAAAGGAGAAAAAGAAGCUAUAG